GAUGUGGUUACCGGAAGCAGCUCAAGCCGUUAGCAGAGCGGCGCUACGUCGUCCAGUAAAAUUAUCGUUAAACUGAAUUAAAAACAGCGUACAAAGUGUGCGUGUGACGGUAAACAGGUGGGCGCAGCGUCAAAGCAGCCGUGUGGCGGGAAAACAGACGGAUUAAGAAGUUUGAAGCCGUUUCCUGUCAGUCCCUGAAGUUCUCAGCUAACGGCUGCUAGCUGCUGUGAUUAGCUCCUGAAAGAACACCUGCUGAGGGGCCGAUGGCAUCGAGGAGGAGCGAGCUCGGGGACCCGUGAAGGAUGCUCCAGGGUCCAUACAGCAGCCUGGACCGGGACCGGCUCCUCAUCCGGCUGCCCUUCAAAAGCUUCGCUGUGGGAACGGUUCUGCUGCCGGUGACCGGCUUCAUCGCCUGCAUCUUCAUCUCCCUCUUCUACCACUAUGAGGAUGCGACGUACACACACUGCAAAGUAUCGAACUACCUCCCGUCCAUCAGCUCCGCCAUCAGCCGCGUGCCAGAGCGCUACAUCUGGCGCGGCUGCAUCGGGCUGCACUCUGCACCGCGAUACAUGGUGGCCUUCGCCUACUUCAACUUCUAUCGUAGCCGCUUCGCCAACAGGCUGCUGGAGCUGAUACUGAGCGGACUGGCGCUCAUCUGCAGCCUCGCCGAAAACAGCGGCCUGGUGAUGCUCACAUACGUGUCGUCCACGGAAACCUACAGUGUUCAUAAAUACGGGUUCAUCACAUUCAUAGGGAGCUCGCUGCUGCACAUGCUCAUUACGUGCUGGCUGUGGUACAUCAUCAAGAGACACUACGUGAACCCAGAGGAAGUGACAUCAUAUCGCUGGAAGCUGCGUCUCUUCCUGUUCAACAUCAGCUGCUGUGCGAUCGCCGUCUACUUCUUCAGACGCCACAACACAUACUGUGAAGCAGGAAUCUACACCUGGUUUGCCUUCUUCGAGUACCUGGUGGUCUUCUCCAACAUGGCCUUCCACAUGACGGCUUUCUGGGACUUUGGGAGCAAAGAGGUGACCGUGGCCACGCCGCCGGAGGACAAACGAUACUGAGGGAGUUUUUAACAUUUCUGAACUCGUGAACAGAGAGAGGAGCGACUCUGUAAGCUGCAGGUGAGAUGACGUCAUUCCAACAACACCUUCGACCUUCUGAGCAGGACGGCGGGAUGGAGGCGUGGACCAGAGUUCUUCUUCUGUUGUUUCUUUUAGUACAUCGGUUCUGUACCAACCAGCAGAAACGUUUCUUUAAAGUAAUGAUGUGUAUUGAUGAUGUCACUGGUGUUUCCUCUGAUGUCACUGAUCAGCACUGAUGCUGAAACGCUCUCUGUUCUGUGAUGAUGUCACACAUUUGUUUACACAAACACCUGAUUAGAAUUUAAAUUAUUUUAUUUCAAAUCAAAUCAAAUAUACUUUAUUGUCCCCACAGGGAAAUUUGUGUUGGACGUCGUACAAAAACAAGCUGCUACCACAAUAAUACAGUAUAACAAUAGAACACAUAUUGCACACGCUGCAUUCCCACAUACAUUCCUACAGUGAGCAAGCCAACAAAUCAGUUAGCUAGAGCAUCAGAGCAUGACAAACACUAUAUGCCUACUUUAUUUAAUAAUCUAAUUGAUGUAGGAACAAACGAGUUUUUAAAUCUAUUAAGUCUGCCUGCCGGGGUUCUGAACCGUUACCAGAUGGUAACCGUUCGUAUUGCGGGUUGAGGAUGUGAGCGGGGUCGGAGAAUACCCUCCGAGCAAGUCUGAGCACAGACUCUUCAUAAAUGGACUGCAAGGAGGAGUUAUCAUUCUUACCUAUCACUUUCAUUGCAGUUUGUACCAUACGGUUGGUUUUUAAUUGCACGGACAGAUUUCCGUACCACACUGACAUUCCAAACCUGAUGAUGCUCUCCAACACGGCCUGAUAGAAUAAAAACAUAAGUUUCUGAUUCACCCCAAAGACUCUCAGUCUGCGUAAAAAAUAUAAUUUCCCUUGCAGACGACAGCACAACUUGUUAACCUAUUCAAGUGGGAAAUUCACGUUAUCUAGGUAAACGCCUGGAUAUCUAUAAGAACAGACCUGGUUUAUUUUCUGUCAUGAAUAAGAAGCGGGAGGUUAUUACUUACGGACUUGGGGUCAAUCAGCAUCUCUUCUGUUUUCCUGGCAUUGAUAAUGAGGUGGUGGUCAUCACACCAUUGAACAAGGGACUAAACCACAUUAAAAUAUGGUAGAGGGUCCAUAUCUGCACACAGCAAGCCAAGGAUAGCAGUAUCAUCGGAGAAUUUAAAAAUAUAAUUGCCCGGGCAGCUGCUGGUACAGUCGUUUGUGUAAAUGGUGAAGAGGACAGGGGAGGGGACACAGCCUUGGGGAACCCCAGUGCUGAUAGACCUUGGCUCUGAUAGAGUGCUGUUAAUUCUGACAAGCUGUGUCCUAUUUGUUUUCCACACAUAAAAAUAAUAAGAGCAGAAAUGAACACUGCAACAUAAUUUGUGACCAUCACUGAUCUCAGACCAGAGGAUGAUGUGAAAUCGGACGCGUCAGAGAGAAAAUAAAAGUGAUGAUGAUUUGUUAUGUUUCAUUCUCAUCUUCACCUGCUGUGUUCAGUGUAUGAAGAACAAGAAAAGCUCGUCUCUGUGCAGCAGACGAAAAGACAGCAAAGAAGAAAAAGUUGGAAAUAUAAUAAAAUAAAUGCACCUGAUAAUAUUUAUUCUGAAUAAACUGCAGACAGCUGAGGAUAACGAAUUAUAAAUGAAAUAAUAAAUUAGGGCUGAGCUCUUCCUGUGCACAACCUUCAUUUUAUGACUGAAAACAGCUUUAAAUAAACAUAAACACGUGUUUAUAUGAA